AUGGAUGGACCAAGCUUCAUAUUUUUAAACACAACCAACACUCCGAAUCUCUCGCCGCAAGCGGCAAAACAAAUGAGGGGACAUAUCACCAAGUCCAAUUUUGCAAAAAGACGACAGCGGCUGAUUACGUCUACAACUCCUAAAGGUACAGCAAAAGCAAGUAAACCUAAGAAGGAGUUGGACAGGUAUAGGGGAAUAUUAAUAAAGAGCAAAUUUACAACAUCGUCCAAGUCAGAUGACAGAGCUAUAGCGUCUUCGCUGUUUGGCAAGUUUUUUACAACACCAAGUCAGAAUAAUACCUCACACCAUGAAAUCCACGGACUUAUUCUUCUGAGCUGCGUAAACCCACCUGGUAACCCCCACGAAGCCGCGUGGGUUGAGUUUAUCGUCUCAGACCCCGCGCUGAUCGAAGCAUCUAUGGCUGUGGGUGCACGACACUGGUCGCCGCAGCCAUCAUGGCAGUUGCAAGCAGAUUUGUACUCAUCUAGAGCACUCGAAUUUAUAAUUCGACGAAUAGGUUCAAGAGAGACCCAGACAGAUGGGUUUCUAGGGACAGUUCUUACAAUGGCAUUCGCGGAGCGUCUAAUGCAUUCAAGCCUCACUUGGGGUAUCCAUAUAGAUGGUCUGGUACAAAUCAUACAAGACAGACGUGCUAAAGGUAUCAAUAUGCCAGCAUGGUUUUAUGAUCUUCUAGUCCUGGAUGUUACCAACUAUAUCUUCGAUUUUCCACGGAUAUAUCAUAAGAAGAUAAUUGAUGCUUUAGGCAACGAUGCCUGCCCGGCAAUAGUACAAGUAGCAUCUAUACCUGAAGAUCUUAUCGCACUUAAAAGGUCUAUCGACAGUCAUCAACCGGAUUCCGAAUACGAGAUCGAUGCGUCAAUAGCGAACUUGCAUAAUAAGGUGCAAGCUCUACUAAAGAAAAAUCAUAAUGAGUUUGUUUGGGCCACCGCACAAACCAUCGAACUAAUUAUCUACCUUCUCUGGCCGCUACAACAAGGAUCACAGUCCAAUAAUCUCAAUAUACUUGCUGAGAAAUUGAAAGAAACUCUAGAGAAAUGGCUAGUUAAACCCUGUCCAUAUAUGGAUCUCACGUCUUGUCAACUUAUCAUUGGGGCAAUCGCUGCCAAAAGCGGUACAAGCACUAGGACAUGGUUUGUGAAUAAAUUGACAAAUGCAGCCCGAGCGAUGCGAUCGCGUGGAUGGAACGACCCUUUUGAAGUGUUGGAGAUGGGUAUGAAGGCUGAUAGACAUAUGGCGACAUGGUUCAGAAUACUCAGUAGCGAGUUCGCGGAAUAA